AUGCACCACAAGAAACUAAUUUGCUUAUUUAAUUUGCUAGCUAUUUCUUCAAUAUUCAUUGUUUGUCUCUUUCUAAUUAAUUCUGUUGAAACGCAAACUCCAUUCGACACUAAUCUGCCCAAAAUUGAAAAAAAAUACUAUAAUAAUUCACGAAUUAGUCCAAAAAGUACAAAUAGAGUAUAUUCUGUUGGAAACUCAACAAUAUUCCCAAAAGAUGGAGAGAAAAUGAUGUUAGUUAGAACUAGGGAGAAUGCACCAGCAUUUAAAGGAAACAUCUACGUAAGAAAUAAUGAAGAUAUAUCAGAGCCAUUACAUGGAAAUAUGAACAUUUAUGAUAGCGUUCGUCCAGUAGAUUACUAUUCCUUUUUGGGUAAUAGAUUUAAUUUAAUGAAUGACCAAUUUGAGAUAUAUAACUCAGAAAAUCUCCAAAAUAAUAAGACAGAAUAUAAGUGGAUGAACGACAAGUAUUCUGGACCAAACAAAAAUAACAAUUUUUCUCUUAACAAACGUGAAGAACAAAUUCAUUUUUUAUUAAAUAAAGGGGUUUCAGUUUCUAUACCCAAUAACACUACCAUAGAUAAUGAAGAAUUUAAUGAAUUUGUAGUUUCAAAUUUAGGAAAAAGCAACAAAACCCAGUUCUUUGAUAAUGUUUCUUUAGGAUUAUAUAAAAAUAACGAUUCCUUCAAGUAUUCGGGAUUUAAAAAUCGGAAAGGUGUAAGGGAUACACAAUUUCGAAACAAAGUUCAGGGAUUUCAGGGAGUAAUGAAUAUUACUCUCUCUAAUUCUGAUCCGGUUGAGUUAAUCCAAGAAAAAGACAACUUAUUGCCAAACAUUAAAUGGGAUCAAGAUGUUUUGUCUGAAAUACCUUCAAACAUUCCAGAAAAAAUAGUUAACUUUGAAUAUCAACACACAAACGAGGAAGAAUCCAAUGAACUAGAUGGAAAAGAGGGGGCCCUUCUUAAAGAAUUUGUGAGAUUAGCUGUUGAUUUUUCAUUCCUCUCGGGAUCAAGUUUGAAUGGAGCAGUUUGCAUGUAUAAGGCUGUAUUACCAUUAAUAAAAAUUAGAUGGAAAACAUUAAACUCAAUAAAUACCUCUAGAAUGGAUACAAUAGUAAAAGUUAUGCUAGGAAUUCCAUUUUUUAGAUAUUUUGAAGAAAAAGAAAAUAUGAUAAGCUCAUGCAUAAAUAUGUUCUUUGCGAUGGAUAUGGAUUCUGGCGAAGGUCUCUGCAUUAAUAAAUCAGGAUAUGAAGGUUCCAUAAUGGGGAUUUCUAUUGCAGAUUUUAAAAUACAUCAGUAUUAUGAUAAUAAAUCGAAGAUUAUUAAGGAAAAAAGAACUAAAAAAGAAAAUAACGAAUUUAGGCCGCAUGAUUCGGCCAAUUUGCUUGAGAUGAUUUAUGAUGACAUCUGCAACUAUUUUUAUGAAUGCAUGGAUGAGGAUAUUUCUGAUGAAUUAAAUGAAUACAUACUUCAAAAUGCACAUAUUUUCAGCGUAUCAGAAAAUCAGAUAAUUAAUUUUUUUAAAGUAAACCAAAGUCCUUUAUUUCCUGAAACAUCGGAAAGGAAAUCUAGUAUAGAUGCUUUACCUUCUGAUUGGUUCCUUGCUGCGCUUCAACAAUUAUCUCAAAUGAACACCGAACUACCAGAAUUAGCAUUUCCAGGACUUAAUAUCCGUGAUCUUGGGAGGUUGUAUUUUUAUUCAGGAAGGUUAGGAGUACAACUACCAAUAAGAAUCACUCUGAAAAUGAUUUAUGAGCUUAGCAUGUUUGCAAACCACUCAUCAUUGCUUAGGAUUGCAUUUUGCACAGAGUCGCUUCUUAAGGUGACGAAUUUCAAAAUAGCGAAUGCACUCUGCAGAGUUUCAUUCUCGCCAAUUCCUUUAAAAUUUGACCCUAAUAAAUUGUAUACAAGUUUGAAAGAAUUAUUAAAAAUGAUUUCUUUUGCACCCGCAUCAUGGAAAAAAAGGCCAGAUCCCAUCUGUUCCGAAGCUGAAUUGGCUGCUGAGAAAUAUCCAAAUGUUAUUUAUCCUCCUGAUUUUAUUCAGUAUUACGUUAUGAGAGAUAAAUGGUCUCUUUACAGAUCAUUGGCUGUUCAACUGUAUGGAAAUCUUGCAAUAGAAAAUGGGGAAUCUUUUUUGAGUAUUGUUUCAAUGAUACAUUCACUUAUUGUUGGAUAUAUUAAACUUAAUUGGGAUGAAUUUAAAAAACUUUAUGUUAAGGUCGGGAUUGUUGAUCCAGAAAAAUAUUACUCCCUUCUACUUAGCCAACAUCGAGGACCUGCGUUGAUUGAGCUAAUCGCAUUUUCACGGAUAUACAAUAUUAAAAUCAAGGUUUAUAAAAAGGUUUUGAAAAAUUCCAGAAGAGUGGUUCAUUUCGAAUUGGAUGAGGAGAUAACAGAGAUUAUUCAACAAUUGAACAGUGUAGAUCACUCUUAUAAUGAGGGUAAUAAUACAAUUUGGAAUGAAGAUAAAAAAACUUUAUCCUGUAAAGCUAUACGAUUGCUUCUGAAAAAAGAACAACCUCCAGGGUUUUCUCAAGGAGUUUUCAAAAAAAAUAUUUUAAACUUGAAUGAAAAUAUUCAUGAAGAGGUUAAAGAUGGUUCAAAUUGGAUUUGGGACGCAAUUCUUCCAGUUUAUGAUGCAGAGACAAACGAGAAAAUUUUAUCUAACGAAAUUGGCCUCCAGAUUAAGUAUAAGACAAUUCUAGGGGAAAAUUCUGAUUCAGUUUAUGAAUUUUUAAACAUUCAAGACAAAGGGAAUAACACAUUCCCUCUUUUUGAAAUAAUUCAAGAUGAAGUGAGAAAUUACACCGAUCAUACGACCAGUUGGAGGAAACCAUCAAACCACUCUUUUGGCCAUAUACUAGUCAGUGGUAUUAAAACACCAAUAAUAAAUGGGGCAGAAAAAUUAAAUAAUAAACAAAGUGAGUUUCAGAAUAAAGUUAAGAUCAAUAAUGCUGGUUUUCAAUCAGAAAAAGAAUAUGGAGAAUAUUACAAAAAAUAUUAUCGAUAUUACAUUAUAGUACAACCUCUUAUUUCUUUUCAUCAAGCUGGAGUAUAUGAAAGUAGGAUUUUUACAAAUAAAGUUUUCAAAUAUAAUCCAUAUUUUGAUUGGGAUAAUCUGCCAAAUAGAUUGGAUCUGGAAUACUUACAAAGUAUUAUAUAUGUUGGGGACAUUUACAAAGAGAAAAAAAGCUUGGAAAUAGAUAGUUGGAGGCCUAUUGAACAAAAGAAUAAUACAACUAAUAUAUUUCCAGCCAGUAAUUUGAAUAAAGAAACAGAUCGAGAAGAUUCAGAGGCCGACAAAAUUAAAAAAGAAGCAAACAUUACUUUAAAUAGGAAUGUAAGUAAAACCAGUUUUGAUAAAAUUACAAAAAAAAAUUUUACUUUACUAGAAGAGUAUAAUUCAAAUUUUGUUCCUGAAAGCCGAGCUGAAAUGAUAAAAAUUGGAACAUCUGAAAAUGAAUACUUGAUUCAAACUCCUAAACCCUAUUCAUUGAAUGAAAAAGAUAUGGUUCAAGCUAAAUAUCCAGAUAAAUUUGCAUCUGAAUUGGACUACAUAAUUAUUCCAACAUUGAAGCCUUGGAAUAAUUUUGUUAAUUUACCUAAAGUUGGAGUGAUGACUAGUGAACCUGAAUUUUCGUUCAUUCCUCUUAAAGAUGGUUCUUUAUUACCUAACAAAGCUAAAGAGAAAAACAAUGUAUUUAAAUUAGAUAUGGAAAUACUCUUUAAUUUGGCCAAAGAAUUUUGGAUGUUACCUUUAUUUACUGUUUCUAGAGCUCUGUAUUGCUUUGGAAAAAAUAUUGCUCCUUUUUUAAACAACCCUAACCCAAGCUACAUCCCUCAAAUGUUAAUAUAUGAUCGCAUAAUAUCUACAGUAGUUUCACUACUUCCAGUUGUAGACACUAAAAUGAAUAAUCUUAGGCCAAUACAAUUUGUAAUAACUGUCUGCGAAAUGGCAUUACUGGACCCGAUCGAUUUAGAUCCAUUUUUGAAUAUAAGUAAAAAUAGUAUUUAUUCUUCACAAGGACUAAGUAAUAAUGUUCCAAAUGAUUUAAUGAGAAUUUUUGGGCAAAUGCCAGCUAUAAGAAAUAUUUGUGCGUCUGUGGCAAAUUGCAUACAUUUAUCCAAUUAUGGAAAUGAAUACAAGAAUUUAAUAAAUAAAGUGAGUAGAUCUGAAGUAUUUAAUCGAUUUACCCCCAGCUCCGAACAAAUCAUCUUAAUACAGAAACUAGUUCCAAGAUUCCCAGAAGUUGUAAUUAUUAUCAGAAAUCUACUACGAAUAAUCUACUUUAUGGGGAGGAAAGGAAUUUCCUUUACCGAAGAUGCACUAUAUCAGAUUGCAAAAGAACUUUCAAUAGCAUUUCAUUCCAUAUCGCCAUAUAUUUGGAGGUCUCAAAUAAACUUACAGCAACUUUAUGAGAUGGUGGAUAAGCCAGCCGGUGGCUUAAGAGAAGCGAGACGAAUGGAAAGGAACUAUUCUUUUGUUCCAGUUUAUGAAGAAGCAUAUUGGAGACUUUCUGAUAGAGAGUUAUUACUCUUUACAUGCGCCUCAAUUCUUACAAGCAGAGGUAUUCUGACAUUAAUAGCAGCAAUAGUUGUUUGCCACUAUAGUUUUCUUAGAAUACCUCUUUCAAAAAAAAUUGUUAGCACAAUUCCAGAUCAAAAAGAUUUGGAAAAUGACGAAAGGUUAGCUAGAGAAACAACAUUUUUCUUUUUGAGAGAUUUUGUAAAAGAUCCAAUUGAGCUAAUAAAGUCAAAAGAAUAUAAUGAAGAUCCAAUGGGUUUAUUUACCAAAAUUUAUUCAGAGUGGCAAGACCAAAAUAUUCGUGAAAUUGGCACUUAUAAGGAAAAAAUAAAAGAAAUGUUCAACAAAAAUUUGAUUUCGUUAAUCUUCAUUAGAUAUGACGCAUACAUUGAUUUAUUACUGGAUAACGGAGAAGAGCUUGAAAGGACUGAAAUCAAAUUUGAAAGGUUUGAGACUGAUCAAGAAGUUUAUAAUUCCUCCAAAUUAAAUUAUAAGAAUCAUUUCUCAAAGGAAAGUUUUUACAAUAAUAACGUUCAGAGUGAAAUAAAGGGAUUUUUUAGAGAUAGGCCCUAUUUUGAAGAAAAGUUUUCAAGUUUUUGGGGAUAUAGACCAAGCCCAUAUAAAAAGGAUUUAAGAAAAUCCCAAAAAAGUUCGAGUAUAGAUGAUUUAUUUGAAUCAUUAUCACUUCUUUUAUAUUCCACAAAUUCUUACAAGCACUUGAUCAAGGUUGCAUUUACUUCUUCUCUUUCUCUUAUUAAAAAAACAUGCGAAUUGGAACAUGAAAUAAUAAGAAACUCUAAAAGUAAGAAUGCAUAUAUUCAUGUAGAAGGAGUUGAUCAGGAAGUAGUUUUAUUUGUUCUCUCAAUAUGUAAUCAAAUGAGAGUUUCAAGAGAGAAAGCCAAAUCCAAUGCGGAAUUUACAAAAAGCCCAGAAAACCGUGAAUUAGAUAAUAUAAAUCAUGAUUCUGAGAUGCAUCAUCUGGAAAUAUUUGAAGUAAUGCAAUUCAUCUACAAAAUUCCUAUUAUGGUGUUUGAAAUGAACCAGGAACAAACCGUGGUUCGAGAUACUGAAUUAAAUAGAAGAAUAUACAACUUAGAUGACAUUAAUACAUUAGCAUCUUCUAUCAAAAUAGCAAAAGUAUUUGAUAGCAAAUCAAAAGAAUCUUUCAGAUAUAUGCCAAUUAUACCUAAAGUUACUUUAAAUGAUUUCGAAAUUUUAAAGAAUGGAGUUGGCCCAAUUCCAAUGGAAGCACUAUUGAGAGGAAUGAACUCUAUACCAAAGUCAAUGGAGAAUAGAGAAAAUUUCAAGUUUAGGAAAAGAACUGCGUUUGACGAUGCAUCAGAAAACUUCUUUAAAAGAAAGCAAACUCCAAUUCCUUUCCCAGAAGAAAAUUAUCCAAGUAAUUCACAGUCUUUUCCCGAGUUAGUACCAAUACUUAGAAGAUACAUUCCUUAUAUUCCUGGAGAUGUCGAAAGCAAAAGCUUACUUCAGUUUAUUAAAAUUACAACAGCAGUCAUUGACCUGAGAAGAAGACCAAUUAAGGAACUUCCAGACAAAAACAUGGAAAAAACAUUUAGGUCCAUAUUGUUGGAUGAUAGAGACUUAAGUGGAUCGAGAAAAUAUCUAAAGAAGAUCUACGGGCUCAAUAUUGAUGAAAUAAUCAAAAAAAAUAAUCUUUUUGAGAAGAAAUUAACGAAUAACAGAUAUUAUGAAACUGAUCUUAAUGCGUAUUCUGACAUUGAUAAAAAUAUUUACAAAAGUAUUGAUUAUGCUGACAAUCCAUAUAAGUUUCUUAUUCACUAUUUUAAUAGUGUUAGACACACAAAAAUCAAUCCAAAUGUGAUACAUUCAUUUAUUGAUGCAGAGGGAUUAAGGAAGAGAAGUGAAAAACAAAGUAAGGUGGCAAAUAUUGUGGAAACGAUAUAUGACAUGUUUAAAUAUACGACUGUAUCAAUAUUCUCGGAAUUCUAUUACUACUGGGCUAAAUUUAAAUAUAAUGCAAGAAAAUUCUCCUAUGACAAUCGCAUAGGGGUAUCUAUCAUACCCACAGACGAAGAAAGGGAGAAAAUCUUGAGAGACAAACAAAUAUCGCUGUACAUUGAAGACAAAUUGGACAAAAUUAGACUAAACAGAAACAGUGAUACGAAUUAG